CUUUUCUUUGCAGUGAAUGAUGGCCGCACUGCAGCCGUACCACAAUAUCGUGGUUUGGGUAGUGCGUUUGCAACCAUUUUCCGGCAAGAAGGUUUUCGCGGUCUAUACAAGGGUGUAACACCCAAUGUUUGGGGUUCCGGUUCAUCGUGGGGUCUAUACUUUAUGUUUUACAAUACCAUCAAAACAUUCAUUCAAGGCGGUAAUGCCACCCUGCCAUUGGGUCCAUCAAUGCAUAUGUUGGCUGCUGCCCAAUCGGGUGCAUUAACUUUAGUCUUGACGAAUCCGAUUUGGGUGGUUAAGACACGUCUGUGUUUGCAAUAUGGUGGAGCUGAUGGCAAAUCGGCUGAAUAUCGCGGUAUGGUACAUGCGCUGGCGCAAAUAUACAAAGAAGAGGGCAUUAGAGGCUUAUACAAGGGUUUUGUUCCUGGCAUGCUGGGCGUUUCUCAUGGUGCCAUUCAAUUUAUGACAUAUGAGGAAAUGAAAAACUGCUAUAAUGAAUAUCGAAAAUUACCAAUCGAUACGAAACUGGCAACAUCGGAAUAUUUAGCAUUUGCAGCUAUAUCAAAAUUAAUUGCAGCUGCCGCCACAUAUCCCUAUCAAGUUGUGCGUGCCCGUCUUCAGGAUCAUCAUCACAGUUAUCAGGGAACAUGGGAUUGUAUUAAACAAACAUGGAGUUACGAAGGUGCCCGUGGUUUCUAUAAAGGUUUGCAGGCGAGCCUAUAUCGUGUUGUACCGGCCACAAUGAUCACCUUUGUGGUAUAUGAAAAUGUUUCCCAUUAUCUACUGCAACGUUCCAAAGAGAAAAAACUGGCGUAA